AUGUUGCUAUUGUCGAUACUACUGCUAACGCCUAGCCUUUUCAUUACUACUGAUGCUGCUGAUGAUGUCGUUGUUUUCAGUAAUAUCACUUCAUCGUCCCCAAUGUCGAAUUUAUCAUUGUUAUUCUUAACAAUGCAAAAUAAUUUGAAUGUAUCAAUUCAAACACUUUUAUCAGCUUUAGAAAAUGAAAAAUUGAAUUUCAAACUGGAAAAACUAACAUUUCAACUAGAAAAACAAACAUUUCAACACGAAAAAGAAAAAUUUGAAUCAUUGAAGCAACCAAUCACAUCUGUGAUAACAAAAGAUGAUAUCAUACAUUUUAAUAUUGCCGGUGAAACAAUGGUUACCACCCGUUCAACUCUAACAUUUAUACCAAAUACAACAUUAUCGUACAUGUUCAAUGGUGAAUGGGAUCAUCGAUUCAAGGGAAAUCAUACAAGCAACAGUGAUGGUGGUUUACUAUAUUUAAAUUAUGAUCCACUAUUAUUUAAAUAUCUGUUAGGGCAAUUGAGAAGGUGGACAAAUCGUAAUAGAGCCGGUGAAUUUCUUUAUGCACCAACAGCAUCUACGGCGAAUAAUCAGUACGAUGACAUUGAAGAACAGUAUAAUGAAAUGCUUAUGCAACUUGGAUUUGAAUCAUUCGUUCAUAAUCAACAAGAUAGUAAGUAUCUCAAGUAA